GACCCCGCUGAGUUCAGCGAACGUUUGGUGACCAACUAUGCUUCGGGGCAAAGCAGUGCAAGCAACGUACAGUCGCUAGCUGCCAGCGCCGUGACAUGGUGUACUUCCGUUGGUGGGCAGGUUCCGAAGCAUGAUCUUGUGGGCAAGUUGUCGAAGCUAGCUACAUCUGGCAGACACCCGCAGAACGCUGAGCGUGAUUUGCAACGGGCCAUAAAGAAGUACAGCAAGAGUGUUAAAGUCCAAAUCAGCACUGCUCGUGUGCGAAUGCUUGAUCCCAGUACAUCGGAAAUCUACCUAGCGAACUUGCCAAUCCUUGACCCUGUUUCCUGGGCAACUGCUCUAUGGCAUGAAGGACAGGACGUCUUUGAAUCCGUUUUUCUGGGUCAUGGAGGCAGGGAAGGAGCUCAACGAUUCUGGCGGAAUGCCAAAGAGAAUUGCAGCUGGUUCAAAGACACAUCAAUCCCCCCCGAAGUAUUUUCUGGCCUAUUGCCAUUAAACUUGUAUGGCGACGAUGUCCAAGCGUAUCGGAAUUCCGAUCCCGGAGCAGUAUCAGUCGUGGGAUGGGGGUGUGAUUUUUCGUUCCAGAACGAAGCCAUGUUUCAAACUUUCCUGGCAACAAUUUAUUCGGAGUAUUGCUCUUGCCCACACACCUAUAACGACAUCCUUGAGCACAUGUUGCCCAUGCUACAACGUCUGGCAGACCCAGCUGCUGGGCAUCCAUGGGAAGCGGCAGGCUUUCGGUUCAUGCUUGCAGGUGUCCGUGGUGACCUCAAGUGGCUGAACGUUCUUAACGGAAGUGUGCUCACAUAUCUUGUGGAAGCUAGCGAGUUCUGUCGCUUCCCGGGAGGCCUCUACGAAUCUGCGUUUGGAGUUGCAUUGCGCGCAGCGUAUGCUAGCUUUAAGCAAUGGCUGAAAGAUGAACACCUUCAGGCCACGCAGCCGCGGUUUACCCCAUCGAGGCUCAAUCGCAAGCACAGGGGCAUGUUUCCCUGCCUUGCAAGCAAAGCCAUAAAUGGGAAGCGGAUAUCUUUCUGGUUAGCUGGUCUCUGUGUUGCUAGAGUGGAACGUUUGGGUGGGGCCUCCACUGAACUUGACAAGCUGGUUGCCACAACAAUGUGGUCGUAUUGUGCCAUGCUUCGGCAUUUUGAUACAUGUGGCAUUGUUCUGACGCCUGCAGAAGCCCAGCUCAUGCACCGGGAUGGUAUGUUGCACCUACUUAGUUACAGCCACCUUCGCAAGCGAAGCUCCGUGGCAACAGGCAGAGCCCUGAACCGAACUUCCUGGUCGGUGUUACCGAAACACCACCAUCUACAGCAUUCGCUCGAUGAUGCGCUGACUACUUUGAUAAAUCCAGGAUCUUACCACUUGCUUGCAGCUGAAUCCUUUGUGGGGACUAUCGGUAGGAUGUUUCGAUUCACCAAGCUGGCCGAGUCACUCAGACGUGCAGCGCAGCAC